ACCUCAAAACAAAAUAUAAAAUUGAACAUGUUACGUUUAUUUUGAUUCAGAGUUAUUUUAUUUAUUUGAUUUUAUUGUAGAAUUUCAAUUCUGUGUAGAAAUGAGUAGCAGCGAGAGCGAAGAUAAUUAUGAUAACUCCGAGAAAACUGAAGAUCUUGACGACGGGGAACGAACUGCUAUUAGGUCCGAGUUAUCGACUCUAUCAUUCGAGGAACUACAAAAGUUAAAGGAAAGAAUUGGAGCCAAAGUGUACAAGGAAGCCAUAUUUGGAAAAAAAGAUGGCAAGAUUGAAUCCGUAAAACCGAAGGUGUUUAAAAGGGAAAAUAAAAACAGACCGCGUGAAAUGAGCUCCAAAAAGCCUGUGUCGAUGAUGAUUGACGUGCCAAAAGUGAGGAAAAAGGAAAUUCGUGAUCCCAGAUUCGAUCCUCUCUGCGGAGAAUUCAACAAGAAGCAGUUUGCCGAUGACUACAAUUUCCUAACAGAAAUGCGGAUGAAUGACAUCAAAGCCACCAGGGCCGAGUUACGGCAGACCACAGACCCGGAGAAGGCCCUCAAACUGCGGCGUCUCCUGCAGAGGUUGAACGAGCAGCACAAGGCCAGCAGAAUGAAGAAGACGGAGAGAAUGGAGAUGGAGAAACAGAAGAAACAGGCUGAGAAAGAAGUUAGCGAGGGGAAACAGCCAUACUAUAAAAAUAAAUCUGAAAAACGCGUCGAAGCCCUAGUGUCCCAAUUCGAGGAGCUCCGCAAAGAGGGCGCCACCCGCGUCCAGAGACAUAUCAAGCGGCGCCAGCAGAAGGUCAAGCGGCGCUCACACAAGGCCCCGACCGGCGUCAGCUGAUUCCCUAUCAUUGCCACAUAGUCUACUUUCUUGUACAGAUAUAAAUAAACACACCCUUUUAAGUCCCGAUGUCCUUUUAAAAGGACAAGAUCAAAUCUAAGUUUGAACUAUAAUAGAAUAAAAGAAAUUCCCAAUUUUUUUUUUAUUUAUUGCUAAUAAACAGAAAACACUUAUAACUAUUACCUACAAAACUUCACCAAACUGCGAAACAGUUUAUUGGCGAAUGAUUUCAAACCUGCAAACUGAAUCUGGGACUUAGAAGGAUACAGAUGAAAUGCUUAAUUGUUUUCCAUCGUAUUUUCACAACAACGUACGAACGUGUCUUGCUAUUUCAGUUAGUCUCUGUACAAAAAGUACUGACGUUGACUGAAGUAGCAUGACAAAUGAAAUGCGAUGGAAAUCAAUUAUGCACUACAUGUGUACUGUUCUAAGUCCCAGAGUCAUUUUUGCAGGUUUGAAUUUGGAACUUUCUUUUAUUCUAUUACAGUUCAAAAUUAGAUUUUAUUUUGUCCUUUUAAUAGGACAUCGGAACUCAGGAGGGUAUGUUUAUUUAUCGUUUAAUUAAGAAGUUAUUAUGGUUAACUACAGACUCGUUGAAUAUUUUGUUGCACGAUGCUAAUUUGUAUUGUGUUAAUUAAGUAAACAUGUAAUACAUAAUACAUAAACAACAUCUAUAUACACUAGUUUUAGUUCCAAAACUCGCCCACCUUCUAGAAUAUCAGCGCCCAAUUCAGUAGCGCGGACUCGCCGAGUGAAUUAAUCUAUAGUCUGGCAAGCACAACUUUUCAGUCAGUUAACCAAGAAAAUUAUACAUAUCCCUUUCUUUUGGGUGUUAGCGUAAAGACAGUAUGAUUAUCUCUCUAUGUUUGAAAUGAGACAGUCCUGGGCCAAACUAUAGCCGUGCACGAAGUCGCAUCUGCGAUUCAAUAUGUAUUAGAGAUGCAACGGAUAGUUGUUUGGCCGGACACCGGAUAUUCGGCCUGAUCAUCAGCCGAUUAUCCGGUAUCCGGCCGCCGGAUAUUCGGCCAGCGGAACUAUACCUACAUUUCGAUUUUUCAGGUGCGCAUUCUGCAGGUUUGACCUGUUUCCUAGUGAACGUUCGCGCGGACUCGUUUCUAGGUUCGAAAUGAGUGCGCGUGCAAGUCAAUGGCAUUAUUAAAUUGUUUUAAAAUAAUAAACAAGUACGAUUA